AUGGCCGAGCGGGGCUGCCCCGGGGCCGCGCGGUGGGGGCGCGCCGGGGCGGGCGGACGCGCCGUGGCCGGAGCAGCGUCGGAGGGGCCGCUGGAGCGCCGCCGCUGCCAGUACCUGCGCACGGGCCGGGCCUGGUGCCAGAUGGUGGAGGUGCUGCUCGCCCUGCUCGUCCUCGUCUGCAGCUCCGUGUCCGGCGGCUCGGCGGGAGGAUACACCGGCCUGCCCGCCCUGGGGGGCAUCUACUACUACCACUACGGCGGGGCCUACAGCGGCUUCAGCGGAGCGGACGGAGAGCGAGCCCAGCAGCUUGACCGGCGUUUCCACCUCCUGAAGCUGCCCAUUGCAAGGGCAGCGAUGGCCGUGGCAGGGUGUCUCCUGGUCUUCCCUUGUAUUCUUUUUCUGGUUGGUUUUCUACAGGUACCAUGGCGUUUCCCAGCAUGGCUGCUAAUUGAAUGCGCCCUGGACAUAGUGAUUGCAGUUGGCACAGUGCCUGCUCUGUACUAUUUCUUCCAUUCUAUGGUGGGGGUUUAUAAUUCAUCAGUGUGCAAAGAGAGAGAGCAGCUUUAUCAAAGCAAAGGCUAUCAGGGCUUCAGGUGCAGCGUGCACGGGGCAGAGGUUGCUGUUGGCCUCUUAGGCUGCAUGGCCACUGUGGCGUACCUGCUGAGUGCAGUCCUGGCUGUCAGAGGGUACAGGACAGUUCACCAAAAGAAACAGAAGCCGGCACGAUUAUAAGAGCUUCCAAAUGAUUCCUCCACUACAGUAACGGUCAUGAUUUUUGCCAGUUUCCGUAGAUGA